AGAAAUGGUAUUGUUUGAUUGAGGAAAACGCUGAUGAGAUAUCUUCAAUUAUGACUGCUGAAUCGGGAAAGCCACUAAAUGAAGCCCGUGGAGAAGUUGCUUACGGUAACGCUUUUAUUGAGUGGUUUGGUGAAGAGGCUCGACGAAUUUAUGGAGAGAUUAUCCCAAGUUCAACCAAGGAUCGAGAAUUAAUUGUAUUAAAACAACCAUUGGGCGUAGCUGCGCUUAUAACCCCUUGGAAUUUCCCUAUGGCAAUGAUAACUCGAAAAGCUGGAGCAGCUUUGGCAGCAGGUUUGAUAUACAUAUGUACCAAUAAGUCCCUCAAUUAUUCAUUAAUAUGGCAAGAGGCCAUAAAUGCAGUUGGGCUUCAAAUCUCAAAUUUAAAAAAAAAAUAUUGGAAUCGAUAGAGAUGAUUGAGC